GGCGGUCGCGGCAGCCGCCGCUCCCAGCGGGAGGGCAGGCUGGAGCCCUCUCCACCGUGCCGCCGCCGCCAUGGAGAAACAGCCCGGCGGCGAGGACGACUGCGUGGACUCGGGAGCGGAGACGGGCGGGUCUGAGUACAGCCGUAUGUCCUCUACCAGCAGUGAACUUUCUGUGGAAGGCAUACAAGACCCUUUCCUUGUUAGUGUACAUAUUAUCACAGACCCAGGUGAAUCCAAGACUCUACAGCAAGCUAUCGAUAGGCUUCUAGCCUGGAUCCAUCCAGACCUCCAGCUGUUCCGAGUCUCAGAAAGACGAGUGCCCAAGAAGCGCAGGAAGCCAGUUAAGGCUGUUGUUUCUCAGCCAGCCCUUGCCAUCAUUCUGUUUCUGCAGGAGGAGUAUGGAGAAGAACCAAUCUUGCAGCUCCAUGAAACCUUUCAGCGGCCACCUUGGCAUUACCACCACACAGAGCUAAUGCAUGGGAAAUUCCUCCCUUACAUGCCUUGCAGCCAAGACUUUUACACUUUGGCUCCAGAGACUCCUCUGUGGGCCAUUCGCCCAGUGCACUAUGGGAAAGAAAUGAUCCGCUUCACCAUAUACUGCAGGAAUGAAAACUUUGGGGACAUUUUGAAAUUGUAUGAGUUAAUAUUGAAAAGACCUGUAUGUCAGAAAAAAGCAGACUUUUGUGUUUUUCCUGUCUAUUCUAACAUGGAAAUAGACAUUCAGUUUUCUUUAAAGAAACUUCCAAAGGGCCAGGUGCCAAUGACGACAGAGUCAGCAGUGCUGGAGUUCAGAGUAAAAGAUGUGGGGCAGCUUGUGCCUCUCUUGCCCAACCCAUGCAGCCCCAUCAGUGAAGGCAGAUGGCAGACAGAAGACCAUGAUGGAAAUAGGAUCCUUUUGCAGGUACCUACAAGCCACAAGUGCAACAUGACCAUGGAAAGAAAAGUGCGUGCAGUCUCUGGUGUGUACUGGUGUUACUAUUCCCUAAGAAACGUGCAACGUAUUUGUGCCCAUGCACUGGGUCUCAAAGGCCUCCCCUGUCUUCAGCUCUGGAUUCCAGAAAGGUGACUUCUGAAAGGUGCAGGUACAGGGAAAGGGUCUCCCCCCGUGCAGAGAAAUGGUAUGACUGUCUUACAAAGAGAAACUGGAAGACUAGGGUCAUCUGAGCCCAGCCAAAGUAAGUUUAAAGGGAGCUCUGACUGUGCUUGGAAAAUAGACAGGAAGGUAAACAGCAGGAACAGGAAAAGGCUGUUUCAUUAAAUGGUUGUUCUGACACAGGAACAAAAAAAUUGUCAGUAAAUAGAUUUUAGUUGGCAGUGUUCAGAUUGAUGGCUAACUACAUAACAGCCACACAGCAGGUGCCAGCAGGUUAAUACCUUAAUUCAAGGCAGGGUGGUUGGUUAAGGAGAAGGAAAUGAUGGAGCAUGGGUUGUAGGAUACACUGGAUUUUGUGAUCCAUGGACUUCGUAUAUUCUUUUAAUUCAUUCUAAAUCCAAAGAAAUUAUAGUAUCUACCUUUGAAAGUGGCAGGCCUACAUUUUGACUUUUCACAGGGAGCUGCUAUUAUUUAUAUUAUCCAUGCCACAGCAUUGGUAAAACCCUUCUCUUCUUUCCAGUUAUAUGAACUCAAACAAUGACUUUCCAGUAUUUUUCAGUCUGCAUAUCUGUUGGUACUUCAUAAUCAUGCACCUCUUUAAGGAUUAAAAUUACAAUUAUACCAAAAAUUAUAGAUUUGCAUCCCUGUUAAAUUGCAGGCAAUGUUUAAAGUUUCAAGUUUGAAUAUACCUCCAUGAUUAGGCUAACAAGAUGUGACCUCCGUGUUUUUCUUGGUGUCCUCACAGGGACUUGGAUACUUGCCAGCCAGAUUGAUCCAUGUUCUUAAUCCAUUUUGCAAAUGCAAUUAUCAAGGGGCUUAGAUAAAGUCAGUGCAAGAGAAAACAAAGUUAUUCAUGGUUAAGAUAAAUCUGCUUAAUACCACAGAAACUAUUCCUUCAUUUGCAAGGAAGCCCUUCAGAACUAUUUUGUCACAGUAGCUUUUCCACAUUGGCAAAUUAGCUCCAAGGGUGCAGCUCUAUAUCAGCUGAGGCGCAAAGGGUAAGCUUCAGUUGGCUGUAGCAGGAGCAAGGCUUAAGAACAUGAUUGCAUCCCGUGGGAAGACACCCACACUGCUUCACCAAUGCUAAGCCCAGAAAUAGGAGCUCUCAGGAGCUCUUGUCAGAGCAGUGGGAAGAAUAUGUAAAUAGUGUAGCUAAGAAUCUACCAUAUACUGGUAUACUGAGUAUACAGGUUUGCAGGUCUUGUCCAGAUUCCUGGCUGCCUGUGGGCAUAAUCCACACAGAGACAGCUGAAGUUCUAAUCAACUUGUUACUCCUGGCAGUGCUACAUGGGAAGCAGGAAAGGUUCAUAAGAGGUUGGACUGGCUUGGCCAAGCAUGUUUGAAAAGCGGGGGUAGUGAGCGGAGAGAAGAAAGUGCACAGAUGGCUUCUUUCAAUCAUGAGAAGGAUAGGAAAAGUAAAAUAAUAUUUUGACAGAAUUUCCUAGCUGCUCUGUGUGAGGUGGAACAUACAGACAUAUUCAGGAGGAAGGUGGACAUCACCAAAUGAGUAUUUCAUCUAGGCAGUGGCUCAGCACUUAAGCAUAAGACCUAUUGCUGUUUUAUGUGCCAAAGGGUACCUGAGCCACCAAGAAAAGAUGUCUGGACAGAUUAGACUACAGGAAGGCUGUGCCUUCCUAGAAUGCCAGACAGGCACCCUAGAAAAUACCAGCAUGUACCAAACAUGUAUGUUGAGGCAUCUGAGUCACCAUGUAAUAACUAGUUUCUUGCUGAAAUCUGCCCUCCUUGAUCCUCCUCAGCACCAAAAACAAGACAAGUAAAAAUCAAAGAAAUAAAUGGUUUGCUACCAGUCUGUGGUAGUCCUACAUGAAAUAAAAUAAUCAGAUCAGCCCCGACUGAGACUAAAAGAAACAUUUUACUCUCCUCUGCAGUGUAAGGAAUGGUUUGCCCCCCAGGCUUAUCUUUGCUAAGGAGAGGCAAAUCUUGGAGGCUCGGAAUCCACUUAUUUUUACGUUUAGAUUUAGGACUCAGAUCAGUGUGGUCAUGGUUGCAUUUACUUCAGCUGACCAACCAGACCCUUCCAGACCUCAGCUGGCUCUGCCUUUCCUCUCCAACAAAAAGGAGUAUUCCUUCUCCUUCCCCUAGUUUCCAGUUUGGGUGCCUUGAUGGUCAUCCAGCAUUCAUAUGACCUUAAAACAUGUAAAUAUUCUAAGAGCAUUAGUCAAUCUCCUGCCAUUUUAGAUAUGGGCCUUGUGGCACCUCUGCCGUGUCCCUGAUGGAAGCAUACAGCUAUUUAGUAUCCUGAAAACUGAAAUCCUUUCAUCUGCCUGCAGUGUCAGCAGGCUUUGUAAAGAAAUGGCAUAAUAAUUUGUGAAGUGGUUAACAAAAAGUCAGGCUGGAUGAUAAAAUAUAUGCCUGUAGUCUUAAAUGCAGUUAAAUCAUGUCAUCCCUGUUACUCAAAGCAUUACCAAGAGCAGAUUCUGGGAGAUAAAGGAAAGAAAACACACUCACUACUAUAGUCUGGAGUCACUACAGUUAAGUACAAGUAGAAAAAAGAAAGAAGAGCAUCUAAACCAGAAUCAGAGGAGGCAAAAAGACAAAAACAGGCAAAAAAAGGGCAAUUUUGCAGAGAACAGUUUAGUCUGCAGGAAGGGAAAUGGAGGUGAGAGAAGAGCUUCAAGCUUGCUUGAAUUAAUAGUGCAGAUAGAGCCAAACUGAACACAAAGAGGAGGAAAGACAAGAAAAGCAUCCACUGGAGCAGGUUGCCCAGAGAAGUUGUGGAUGCCCCAACCCUGGAAGUGUUCAAGGUCAGUUGGGAUGGGGCUUUGAGCUGCCAGGUCUAGUGGAAGGUGUCCCAGCCCAUGGUGUGGGAGAUUGGAACUAGACAAUCUUUAAGGUAUGUCCAACCCAAACCAUUCUAUGACUGUUAUGACAAGCAAGGAUGUGCCCAGGGCAUCUUUACAAAAAUUACUUUUAGUUUGUUUAGAAACCAGUGAAAAGGACAGUGUUUGGAGCAAAAAUUGACUCAGUCAAGGGAGGUGCCUUAAGCUGAUCUAAUUAGUCUGUAAGUUUAAUACUAGUAUCCUGUUGUUUAAAGUCUUUAACUCUAUUUUUCCUUUCCUUUUUGUGACACAGGUGUUUGGUUCUCCUUAAUACUAAUGACUGGGUUUUUUGGGGGGGGGCAUAGUGAAUCAGUCAGUAAUUCAAAUAGGAGGAGAUUUUUUAGUUGUUUUUUUCUUCAACCUAAGGUACUUGAUUUUUUUUGUUAGUGCAGUUAUGUUUCAUGGCAUACUAGGAUCUUUUAUGACUCUAUACACCCAGCAAAAACUCUUGAGAGUGAAUAUAUUUUGUGUUACAAAGCACCCACCUUUUCUAGUUUUGUAAACACACUCUAAGCCACCUUUGAAAUACAUUCAACUUUAAAUCAAAUUUGUGCAUUUUGCCUUUUGAUAUCUUGCGCUUCUGAAUACAUUUUUUCAAGUCUUACUUUCAAAUAAGACGUAUUAUGGUGAUACUGAGGACUAACCUCUGCCAUUUUUUCUUGUGUUGAUUUUUUUCCUGGAUCAAUCCCACUGGUUUAAAUACAAUUAAACGAACACCGUCGCACUCCUGUUGAGCAAGGCAGGCAAAAUCUGGGCUUGAAUGGUGAUGUCAUUGCUGUGCUGGCUGGGUCCUGACCUCAGCAGAGCCUUGCUGGCAGUUCUUAAUACAGAUAAUACUUAAGGAGAUCUCUAUCUGCUUUCUUUAAAAGCAGAUAACUUAAAAUAGACUGCAAGAGCACCCAUGGAUUUUUUUUCUGUUAGGUCCAGGCAGCCCAAGGCAAAAGUGCAUUUCUGCAAGCUUCGCCACAAGUUGUUUAUGGCAUUCCCAGAUAUUCAUCAUGAAAUUCUUCUGCAGCCCAUUGUAAAACACAAAGACUCUAAAUCCCUCCAAGCUUCACAAAGAUUUGUGCAGAGAUUAUAAAUGAGCACCAGAUUAGCGCCAGAUGAAAAAAUCUGUUCUGUUAGAGAGCUAAUCUGUUCAGUCAAUGACCGGGUUUGUUGCGCAUCUCUGUGGCAAGGUCUGACAAAUCUAUGUCCCUGUAUUUGGAAUUUCAAAUCAGAGUGUCAUUUUGGAUCAUCUCUUUGUCCUUUCAGAUGACUGCCCCCCUCUCUGGCAUCUCUGUGGUGCUUGUGCCUGUUGCAGGCAGCAUGGCUGUGCUAGGCAGGGCUCUGCCAGGCUGCAGGGAGGUAACAGGCAAUGCUGAGAGCAAGCCAUGAGAAGGCUGAAGAUGAGGACUUGAAAAAAAAAUAAUUCAGAAAAUUAAAGAAGAUGCAACUGUUUCCAAAGCCAAUGGCAGGCUUAAGGAGGUGGGAGAAGCCUCCUCAAAAAACUAAAGAGAAGUGAUCACAUAAUGCAAAGGCUGGAUGCAACACUCCAUGUGCCAUGCCAGGGUGGCACAAGGGAGCACAGUCAAUGGGCUUGGCACAGGACUGGGAGCUAAUUUUGCUUGAGUUUUAAUCCUGACUAAAUCAUUGAAUCCUCUCUGUGAUCUCUGACAAGUUAGAGAAUGUAGAUAUAGAAAAGUCUUAUUAGCCCACAUAAUCCAGUUCUCUGCAAUAUAGGAUUAGCCUGUAAGCUUCAUUCACUAGUAUUUCGUGAGAUGGAGCUUCUGACGCACUACCUGUUCUGCAGUUGUGCAGUCUGGUAUUCUCAUAGCUAGGAAAGUCUUCAUUUAUAUUGCUUUAAGAUGAAAGUAUUAAAAUAAUAUCUCCCUAUUAUUUCCCUUUUCUGCCCAUGUAAUGAAGCAUCGGAAAAUAGGUCUUCUAAAUCUGAAUUUAUCUAAAAAAAAUUAUUGAGAUAAGCAAUUCCUCCUGUAAACAGAGCUGUUCGGAAAUAAGCUGUGUUAGUGAUGUCACUUGGCCUACCCUGCAGGCAGCCAUCCUAAGGCAGGCUGUACUUGUCCCCUUCUCCUCACUGAUCCACUGUUACCUCCUGCCAGGCCAACUGAGCUUGACCAGAAGCUGUGACUCAGUAUCAGGAUUAACAGCAAAUACCUUGUACAAAAUGAAAUGCCUCUGUCUGACCACAGGAACAUUAAAAGAGCUAGGGAAAAAAAGUUUAAAAUAACAAAACUCUAAAACUAGUAUCUUACCUAAAGUAAAUUGUUGUUAAUUUUAGCCCAGAUACUUAAAGUUAUUUGGCUGUUUGGGGCAGGUUGCCCCUUCCAAGUACUUCCACUUCGAAGUGCAUUUCCCCUUUCCUUUGAUUUUUUACUUUUUAUCUGCAUUUUGGAUAGAAAGUUCCUACAUGAGAGCAGGGGUUUUAGCAGGAGUGUUUCAUCUCACCUCAUCCAUUUAUUCUGGUAUUGCCCUUGGGUUCACAUCCUCUUUGGUGAUGCCUUGGGCGAGCAUCCUUUUGAGUCCUGAAAAUUUGGUUGCACCUGUAGUCAUUGUGUUGCAUAUCUACAAUCCCAAACUAACACAAUCUGAUUUAAACUAGAGGGUUUCAAAAUAAUAGAAGGAGCUCAAAACAGCUGUUCUUAUGUCUGUGCUUUACUCCCAAAAUGCUUAAGAUUUUCCCUGUAUUAAUAAAUUACACAUACCCGGCAGCAUUCCCAGUCACUGAAAUCCCUGUUACAGAGUGACCUGUGUGUGUGCUUGUGAGCUAGCCAGGAUACAGCAAAUACGUACAGUUACACAACUGAAUUGGACCAACUAUCUCUUAAUAGUGGUGACCUGAGAGACCAAAUUAAAUUACUUUUUCUUUGGAACAGAUGUCAGAAGUUAUGUCAAUAAAUAAGAAAUUAUUACCAUCAUCUAAAUACAUGAGAUUUUUAUUAGUGUGCAAAAUGCCUCUUGUAUACACCAAAGCCAAAUAAAUACAUGGGAGUCAUCUCUGCAGGAUUUGGUUCAGCUCCAAAUCACAGACACCUAAAACCGAUGUUUACUCUCAGGUAUUUUUGUGUCAGCUACAGUCUGUGUUCUUACUGUAGUUGGUGGGUAUGUUCUCAGUGCAGCCUAAGGACGUAGAAAGCAAUUCAGCUAAACAGACACAAGAAUUUCUUCAGGGAAAGCUGAAUUGCUCGCCAGACUCCAUUGGCUGUAUUAAGUAGACAACUAAACCCUACCCAGGAUGCCUGUGUGUAUGUAUAUACACAUAUAUUUGUGUGUAUAUAUACAUAUAUGUGUAUAUAUAUACAUAUAUACAUGUGGACAGGUGGUAUAGUCUGUGCAAGGUAAAGGCAAGGCUUUUGUACUGCUCACAGAACUCUCUGCGGUGCAAGUACAGAUCUGUUCCCAAAAGCCAUAUGUUUUCAGGUACAGUUUCCUCUGAGUUGUUACCAGUGGUCCCAUCCUUACCUUUUCACAAAGAGGAAGACAAGACUUGCUUGAAUCCUUGAUUUCUCUGGAUGCUUGACCUACCAAAUUAUCAACUAAGUCUACAAAAAUACAAGAAUAGCGUGAAAACAAGCCAUGGUGGGGCAAUCCAUGAUUUUCUCUCUUAGAGGUAGAAGUGUUCUGGAGGUGCUUCUGUUGAUUCACCAAACAUGAUGGUUGAGUUCAUGUAACAUAUCUGAUAACAGAGCUACUGCAGAAAAAAAAAUAGUACUUUUGGUAAAUGCAAACAAAAUAUAAUGAGAAGUGUUUUCUUAGACAAACCCAUCAAAAGAGUGAAGUGAUCUGGUUGUGUACUUUCAGCGUGUCAUAUUCUUAUUUCUGGGUUAUCCAAAACCUGUCUUCAUUUAAGAAGGAGCUGGUAUUUUCUUCAUGGGCACAAGCCUUUUAUCUUACUGAGUAUUUUUUAAGCAAAUUGGUUUAUGUGUUGCAUAAAUAAAAUAAUGUGUGUAGAAGUCUAAAGUGAUUUCUGGCUAAUGUUUUAUUGACAAUUGACUUGUUCUAUUUG